AUUCCAGAAGAACUGUCACCGCCUGCCUGCAAAACUGGUUCUUGGAUCGUUUGAUCUCUGGAAUAGAGAAGUAGGGAAGAAGAUGGCGCAAAACCCAGAAACCGUAUCAUACUUGACACAGAAAGAAGCGACAGAAAUCGACGAGCUACUCAUGGGUCCUCUUGGUUUCGGUGUUGAUCAGUUAAUGGAGUUGGCUGGUUUGAGCGUGGCCGCUGCUAUAGCUGAGGUCUAUGGAGCAAGCAAAUACAGUCGUGUUCUUACAAUUUGUGGUCCUGGAAAUAAUGGUGGUGAUGGUCUUGUAGCCGCUCGCCAUUUACAUCACUUUGGAUAUAGGUCUGCUGUUUGUUAUCCUAAACGUACUCCAAAACCACUUUAUGCUGGUCUUGCAACUCAGCUUGAGUCAUUGUCAGUUCCAUUCCUUUCUGAGGAAGAUCUACCUACAGAGCUCUCAGAACACUUUGAUAUUAUUGUGGAUGCAAUAUUCGGAUUUUCAUUCAAGGGUGCUCCUAGAUCACCUUUUGACAGUCUCAUCCAAAGGCUGGUUUCUCUUAAAAAGUUUGACAAGACUCAGAAGGCAUCGGCUAUAGUUGUCUCAAUAGAUAUACCAUCUGGUUGGCACGUUGAAGAAGGAGAUAUCACUGGUGAUGGAAUUAAACCUGACAUGCUGGUCUCUUUAACUGCUCCUAAGUUGGGUGCCAGAAAGUUCGUUGGUCAGCAUCACUUUCUAGGUGGGAGGUUUGUCCCACCAAUUGUUGUGGACAAAUUCAAGCUUCAACUACCUUCAUAUUCUGGCACUUCUAUGUGUGCCCUAAUUGAAAAGCCUCCACAAAUCGAGAUACAGGCUCCAAGAGAAAACUAUUUAAGUACUGAUUUUCUGGAGGAAAAGGUGGAAGUCGACCCUUUUGAUCAGUUACAGAAAUGGAUUCAUCAUGCAGUGGCAGCAGGAGUGAAAGACCCAAAUCUUGUGGCUCUGUCGACUGCUGGCCGUGAUGGGAAACUUUCGUCACGGAUAGUACAGCUCCUCAGUGUUGACAACAAUGGAUUUGUGUGGUGCACCAGUUUCGAAAGUCAAAAGGGCCGUGAUUUGUCUGAAAAUCCUCAUGCAUCAAUUUUGUUUUAUUGGGAUAUGUUGAAGAGACAGGUAAGAGUGGAAGGUUCUGUUGAGAAAUUGUCUGAUGAGGAAUCUGAGCAGUAUUUUCACAAAAAUCCUCGAGAAAUUAGGAUCAGAUCUAUUGCUAGCGAGCAGAGCAUUGUAGUUCCUGGACGGCAAGUCCUCCAUCAACAAUAUGAAGAAUUGAAGGAUUACUUUGAUAGAAGUUUCAGUUUCAUUCCUAGACCCACAAACUGGGGAGGCUAUAGGUUGAAACCAGAGUUUUUUGAGUUUUGGCAAGGAGAGGAAUCUCGCGUGCAUCUAAAGUUACAGUAUUUUGCAAAAAAAGUUGAUGAAAGGAUAACUUGGACGGUGGAUCAACUGACUGCCUGACUAGAAGAAUUGGCUUUCUCUGUUUGAAUGUUAUUUGCUGAAUGUAUCCGUUUAGUGUUAGAUGUAUAUGCUGUAGUUGAUGAUGUUUGUUUCAUGUUUAGUGUAAGUGUUGGUGUGAUUUCCAGGUGUGUCACUUGCAGUAGUGCAGGUUUUAUUUUCAGAACUGGCUGAUUGUGUGUGAUGACUGAUUUGAAGCCUUACAAUCACAAGCAAGUACAAGCAACUCUAAUUAGAAUAAAAUCUAGUUUGGCAA